AUGAACAGUUUGCGUAUGCUAGAACAGGAGGACGAGGCUACAGAUGCUGAGGAAGUGACUUGGGAGGAUCAACAGAGAAUCAAUACCUUCUCCAAACUUAACAGCCGAUUGAGAAGUAUCGAAGAAAACCUAGAGGAGGUCAAGCAAGAGAAGGAAGCCCUGGACGAUCUAGCCACAGAAUUGGAGCUCGCUGAUGAAGACGAACCAGUACUAUAUAAAAUCGGCGAGGCGUUUCUUCAUAUGCCUCAUCCCAAGGCACUGAAGCACCUUGAAAAGGAUCAAGGCGAGCUGGACAAACGGCUCAGUGCUUUGACGGCGUCGGCAGAAGACUGUGAAAAGCAGAUGAAAGAAUUGAAAGUAACCCUUUACGCCAAGUUUGGCAAGGCAAUCAACCUCGAUGAGUAG